AUGAGCUAUUCUCUCCUUCUAGCCUACGUCUACUUCUUGAUUUCGACCGCACGCCCUGUCAGAUCUGCUUGCGAUCCGGUACCGCCGUUGUCUCUGCCUAUCGGGAAUGCCACAAUUACAGAUCGAGAUGUCGUCAGAUGGGGGUUGGGAGUACAAUUCGGAACUCCUCCUCAGACCAUAGUUGCAGCCCUGGAUGCAGACUGGAAUAGCACAUCGUUCUGGAACACGAGUUUCCCCUGCGGUAACCUAACCAGACCGGCCUGCUCUUGGGUACAUGGAGGAUCUUUCAACGACGCGAGCUCGACCUCAUGGAGGGCGCCAUCGGAUCCUGACCUGACUGACAGCAGCCCAGGCAACGAGACAAUCAGUAUACGGGGGACUGACACUUUAAACCUGGGUUCGGAUAUAUCAAUCGACCAAUUCCCAAUCUACUUUCCAAAGCCGAGAGUUAUACCUCAGAACUCCCUAGGCCUUGGACCAAAUUCCACCUUUCUCAACCUACUUUUCGACCAAGGGAAAAUCGCAUCGAAGACAUGGUCAUUGUUCUGGGGCUGGCAGGGGGCCGAGAAGGAAAACCAGAUGAAUGGAAGCUUAGUGCUGGGCGGAUAUGACAAGGCGAAGAUGGGAGGCGCAAAUUUAACAGCCAAAUUCUCGGACGGAGUUGGAUGUCCGAGUUCGUUACUCGUCUACCUGAGCAACAUUGCUGUUAAUCACGCCGAUGGCAAUAAGACUAGCCUGUUCAGUACGGCAGGGUCUGCAUUGCGCGCAUGUAUCAAGGCAGACAACCCUCAGGUCACUCUUCCAGAGGACGUUUUUGAGAACCUGAAGAAAGCGUUUCCUGGGAAGACGGUUGAGCACUCGACGGGAAUAUAUCCCAACAGCCUUGCCUAUGAGCCGGAGAAUAUAUUCGCCGGCAAUAUCACCUUUACUCUAUCUUCUGGCCUCCAGAUCACUAUACCAAAUCAUCAGAUCGUCCUCCCAAACGUAGCGAUCGACGACAACGGAGAGCAGGAAAUUGUUGAUAACAACAAGACCAUCAACUUUGCUCAGACCAGACAGGGAGUUAUGUCUUAUCUCGGCCAGCCUUUCCUCACAGCCGCCUACCUACAUGUUGAUAACGAGCUCAAGGAAUUUACGGUCUGGCAGGUGAAUCCAACAACAGACACCGAAUUGGUCCCAGUUCAACAUGACUCGGAUGAAUGUGGUAAUGACGACGAUUCUUCAUCCCUGAGCGGCGGCGCCAUCGCCGGUAUCGUUGUCGGGGUCGUCGCUUUCCUGGCGCUAGCAGCUUUGGGGCUGUUCUUCUUCUUGAGGCGGCGCAACCAAAGCAAGGACAGGGAUUCAAAAGCCGGCCUCCCCCUGGUUAAUACGAGUCAUGGAGUGGAAGACAAGAAACAUUAUAAUCCUCAGGAAAUGGAUGCUGGAGUAGGUCAACAGGCGCCUGCGGAGCUGCCUGAUAGGGAUUAUCCGCCGCAAGAGCUUCCGGCAGAUGUCCCAUCAUCUAACAAAUGA